GAUAAUAAACAGUUUGCAGACAACACAACACAACAACACAUAAGCAAUGAGUGGCCAAACAACACGUGUUGCCGCCGCCGAUAAAAACCAAGCGGUAAUCGUACCGAAACUCAGGCUAAACGAUGGCCACCAGAUGCCGGUCAUCGGUUUGGGUACCUAUAAGACCGGUGAUAUUGAAUCGGUAAUUCGUACGGCCGUUCGUUGCGGUUAUCGGCACUUUGAUUGCGCCCACAUCUACGGCAACGAAGCCGAUAUUGGCCGAGCACUUGGGGCGGCCAUUGCUAGCGGCGAAGUCAAACGUCAGGAUCUGUUUAUUACGACCAAAGUCUGGCCCAAUUGGUUUGCUUCGGGCCGACCGACACGCAGUGCUCGUGAAUCGCUGGCCCGAUUCGGCGAUGGUAUCGACUAUCUGGAUCUGUUGCUUAUACACUGGCCGACACCGUUUGGCCAGUCGGACACCGAGUUUUAUCCGCUCGACGCGAACGGUCAAGUAAUAUGCGACGAAACUAUCGACUUGCGGGACGUUUGGCGCGAGUUUGACUCAAUAGCUGCGACCGGAAUCGCCCGAUCAAUAGGUGUAUCAAAUUUUAACUCACGACAGUUGCAAUCAAUUUGUUCGGUGGCCAAUACUAGACGCCCGGCGGUCAACCAAAUCGAAAGUCAUCCGUAUUUGUCAAACGAUCGUCUUAUAGACUAUUGUCGCCGUCAGGACAUUGCCGUAACAGUGUAUUCACCGCUCGCCCGAAUCGGCUAUCGAAUUGAACGGUCACCUCUGGACGAGCCGCUGAUCCGGACGUUAGCCGACAAAUAUCGGGUAUCGCCGGCACAGGUAUGCAUCCGAUGGCAAACCCAACGCCCCGGAGUAGCAGUCAUACCGAAGAGUUCGUCGGAAAAGCGAUUGUUGGAAAAUAUCAAUGUUUUCGGUUUCGAGUUAACCGCCGAUGAGUUACGAGGAUUGGCCUCACUUGACUGUAAUCUACGUACGGCCAAACACGACCAUUUCGGUUCCGAUCGGCACAAGGAGUGGCCGUUUGCCGAUGAAUAUUGAUUGAACAGUACAGUACUUUAUUAGAGAUCAGUGGAGGGGGGAACGGUAGUAGUAUUAGUAGGGAAACAGUCUAUUUUAAAACUGCCACAAAAAAUAAGACAAUUG